CGCGGAAGGAGCUUGCAGUAGCGGGCGGCAGAGCUGGAGUGAAGGGAGCUAGUGGUAAAGGGAGCUGGUGGAGGGGUGGCGGCAGGGGUAAGGGGCAGGGGACACCCUCUAGACGGAGAGCGGGCUCCGAGGUCCUGGCUGGCCCUCGGUGCGCCCGCGCCUGUGUUGUCCCACAAUCCCUGGCAAUGAGAGGCCAGGGUUUAUUGGACAGAGUCAGUUGUGGGGUUCAGAGGGUCAGCAAUCAAUCAAUCCUCCGAAUCCAGAGAUUUAGACCCAGUCGUCCGUAUUAGGACUGGAGGGGGGUCAAUAGGUUCAGUGUUUGAGAUGCCAAGGGAACCUGUCUUUUGAUUUGGGGUUCAACAUACAGAGUUUAGGUAGCAGCCACCAUUAUGCUCAAAGCGGUGAUCCUGAUUGGAGGCCCUCAAAAGGGAACUCGCUUCAGACCUUUGUCUUUUGAGGUGCCCAAACCAUUGUUUCCUGUGGCAGGGGUCCCUAUGAUCCAACACCAUAUUGAAGCCUGUGCCCAGGUCCCUGGAAUGCAGGAGAUUCUGCUCAUUGGCUUCUACCAACCUGAUGAGCCCCUCACCCAGUUCCUAGAAGCCGCCCAGCAGGAGUUUAACCUUCCAGUCAGGUACCUGCAGGAAUUUGCCCCCCUAGGCACAGGGGGUGGUCUUUACCAUUUUCGAGACCAGAUCCUGGCUGGGAGCCCCGAGGCAUUCUUCGUGCUCAAUGCUGAUGUCUGCUCCGACUUCCCCUUGAGUGCUAUGUUGGAAGCCCACCGACGCCAGCGUCACCCUUUCUUACUCCUUGGCACUACGGCUAACAGGACGCAAUCCCUCAACUACGGCUGCAUCGUUGAGAAUCCACAGACACACGAGGUAUUGCACUAUGUGGAGAAACCCAGCACAUUUAUCAGUGACAUCAUCAACUGCGGCAUCUACCUCUUUUCUCCUGAAGCCUUGAAGCCUCUUCGGGAUGUCUUCCAGCGUAAUCAGCAGGAUGGGCAAUUGGAGGACUCACCAGGCUUGUGGCCAGGGGCAGGUACCAUCCGCCUAGAGCAGGAUGUGUUUUCAGCCCUGGCAGGGCAGGGCCAGAUAUACGUGCAUCUCACUGAUGGUAUCUGGAGUCAGAUCAAGUCCGCAGGUUCAGCCCUCUACGCCUCCCGCCUCUACCUGAGCCGAUACCAGGACACUCACCCAGAACGGCUGGCCAAGCACACCCCAGGGGGCCCAUGGAUCCGAGGGAAUGUGUACAUCCACCCGACCGCCAAGGUGGCCCCCUCGGCUGUGCUGGGCCCCAACGUCUCCAUCGGGAAGGGGGUGACCGUGGGUGAGGGUGUGCGGCUCCGGGAGAGCAUCGUCCUCCAUGGAGCCACUUUGCAGGAGCACACGUGUGUUCUGCAUAGCAUCGUGGGCUGGGGGAGCACCGUGGGACGCUGGGCCCGCGUGGAGGGUACCCCCAGUGACCCUAACCCCAACGAUCCCCGAGCCCGCAUGGACAGUGAGAGCCUCUUCAAGGACGGGAAGCUGCUGCCUGCUAUCACCAUCCUGGGCUGCCGAGUCCGGAUCCCUGCCGAGGUGCUCAUCCUGAACUCGAUUGUUCUGCCACACAAGGAGCUGAGCCGAAGCUUCACCAACCAGAUCAUCCUCUGAGUAGGGCUGCCAGAAGGCCCCCAGCUCCUACCCACUCCCCUUGAGGCUGCUGCCUGCUUGGCCAGCCUCUGUCCAGAAAGGACCAGAGAAAGCCAGGCAGGAUCGUCACAUGCCGGGGAGCAGUGUGGGUGGCCUGGGGACUCCUGGGUUUUCUCCCUCCCGACUCCCUAAUAAACCCCGUGAACCUUGGA